UCCGGCGCUGAGGGUUGAGCAGGAGGAGCCCGGAGCAGUCAGGGCGGCCGUCCUGCUCGGUGCCCGCCGACCCGCGCGCCGCCCGCACUAUGGCCGCCCCGCCGCAGCUGCGGACUCUGCUCCUUGCGAUCAACGCACUGUUGCGCAAGCGCCGCUACCACGCAGCGUUGUCCAUGCUUAAGGGCUUCCGGAACGGGGCUGUCUAUGGAGUCAAAAUCCGGGCCCCUCACGCACUGGUCAUGACCUUUCUCUUCCGGAGUGGCAGCCUCCGGGAGAAGCUGUGGGCUAUCCUGCAGGCCACGUACACUCACUCCCGGAACCUGGCCAGCUUUGUGUUCACUUACAAGGGUCUCUGCGCCCUGCAGUCCCACCUCCAGGGCGAGACCUACCAGGUGCACUCAUUCGUGGCUGCCUUCCUUGGGGGCGUCCUGGUGUUUGGAAACAACAAUAACAUCAACAGCCAGAUCAAUAUGUACCUGAUGUCACGCCUCCUGUUUGCCCUGUGCCGCCUGGGCGUGGGGAAGGGCUACAUCCCUGAGCCCAGGUGGGACCCGUUCCCGUUGUUCACCGGGCUACUGUGGGGGCUGGUCCUGUGGCUCUUCGAGUACCACCGGCCCACGCUGCAGCCCUCUCUGCAGUCCUCCAUGACCUACCUGUACGAGGACAGCAACGUGUGGCAUGACCUCUCGGACUUCCUCAUCUACAGCAAGAGGCGCCCCUCCGAGUAACUAGGCCCCAAGGUGCUCAUGGAGGCUCCCGCACCCAAGUCACCUCCGGCGGGCUCAGCUCGAGAUUGGCUCCAUCAGCGAAUCAUCCCAGGGGAUCCAGCCUUUUCAAGACCCGGGGUGCGAAUCAUCCCAGGGGAUCCGGCCUUUUCAAGACCCGGGGUCUCAGACUCUUUUAUUAGCCCAGGGUUCCAUUUGCCGAAGUGAAAGCACUGAUUUUCAGACCCCAUUAGGUACUCUUGAAUGGUGGAAUGAGCCGCCAGAUCAGGCUGAGGAGCCUUGGGCGCGGUGACAGCUGUGCCGCUGACUCUGUGAGACCAGGGAAAGUCACACCCCACCCUGAGCCUCAGAGGUCAUCGCACUCAGAGGAGGGCCCUGAAGUCUCUUUCUGGUGGGUAUGUUUUCCGACCGUUCUUCUGGAACAGAGGGCUCCUGGCUGGUGGGCAGUGGGUUGCAAAUGCGUUUUUAGAAAAUAUUCAGUUCCUCGUCUUAGGUAUUCUACUGGAGAAGCUCUAGCGUUUCCACUGUCCAAUAGAAACACGAUGUGAGUCAUAGACGUGAUUGAAAUUUUUUUAGUAGCCACAUUUUUUAAAAAGUGGAGGAAAUUCCCUGGCGGUCCAGUGGUUAGGACUCCGAGCUUUCACUGCCGAGGGCACGGGUUCAAUCCCUGGUUGGGGAACUAAGAUCCCACAAGUCGUGGGGUGUGGCCAAAAAAAAAAAAAGUGGGGAGGAAAGAAGCAGGUGAGAUAAACCUUAAUCAUAUCUUUUAACCCAGUAUUUCUAAAAUAUUAUCAUUUUAACAUGUAAUAAAUAUAAAAGUUACUGAGAUAUUUUACAUUCUUUUUUCUUGUAGUAAGUCAUCAAAAUCAGGUGUGUGUUUUACACUUACAGCAUUUCUCAAUUUCAAACAGCCGCAUUUCAAGUGCUUAUUAGUAGCCACAUGUGGCUACUGGCUACUGUUUUGGAUAGCACAGAUAUAGUAUACCCUCGCAGAAAAUUCUAGUGGACAGUGCAGAUAUAGAGCUAGAAGACGUGGGUUUGAGUCCCCACUCCACCACUGUGUAACCUUGGGGAAGGUUCUUCUCAGAGGCUCAGUUUCUAGUAAAAUGAGGAUAAUCAUAGUAAUACCUGGUGUCCACAUUGGACUUGUGUAACUACAGCGGCUGCUUCUACUAAUUACAUCCAUGUAGUGAGCUCCUACUUCCUCUUGGGUGCUUUGCACUAAUUAUUUUUAAUCCAUUCAAAGACCUUGCAGGUAUGUAUUUGGAUCUCCAUUUCACAGAUGUGGAAACUGAGAAUCAGAGAAGAGAAGUAACUUGCCCAAGGUAAUACAACUAAUAGUAUGACAGCCAAACCAGGGUUUGAACCCAGAUCUAUGUGAUUUCAAAGCUCAUGUUUUUUUCAGUGCCUUACUUUAAAUUUAGAAACCUAAACUAUGCUAUGCAAAUGUUAGCUAGUUAUAGGGGUGCAAACUCAAAUGCCUAUAGGGGCCUGGCAAGUGGCAUAAAUGAUAAUGUUCUGGGUGCUAUGCAUUUGGGAGUGACAGGGACGUGGGGAACUGGAGACUCGUGUGCCAGACUGAUUUUUGAAAACCACCAAGCUGGACAGAUCAAACAGGUCUCCAGGAGAUUUGGUCCAUGGACAACCAAUUUGAAUAGGCAUACUUUAAUCUCUUUUUAUAUUUUGAAAAUUACGGACUUCCCUGGUGGCUCAGUGGUUAAGAAUCCGCCUGCCAAUGCAGGGGACACAGGUUCGAGCCCUGGUCCAGGAAGAUCCCACAUGCAGCAGAGCAGCUAAGCCCGUGCACCACAACUACUGAGCCUGUGCUCUAGAGCCCGUGAGCCACAGCUACCGAGCCCAGGCGCCACAACUACUGAAGCCCACGUGCCUAGAGCCCCUGCUCCGCAACAAGAGAAGCCACCGCCAUGAGAAGUCCACGCACCGCAACUAGAGAAGGCCCUCGUGCAGCAAUGAAGACCCAACGCAGCCAAAAAUUAAUUAAUUAAUUUUAAAAAAAGAAAAAAGAAAAUCACUAGUAGAAAUAUCCACAUGAGUCACUGACCUUAUUAAAAUGCAGAUUCUGAUUCAGUGGGGUCGGGGUGGGGCCUGAGAUUUCUGUAUUUCUCACAGGCUCCUGGAUGAUUCCUGCUGCUGCUGUUCUGAGCUACACCUUGCAUAACAAGGUGGUAGGGAAUGAUAUGGGGCCAACCAGUAGCCCAUGUGACAAAGGAAGAAACUAAGUCACAGAGCUGUUAGGUCAUCGAGGUGGGAUUCGGUCUGAUUCUAACUGCGUGUUCUCAGGCACAGUGUUGUACUGAAGGCCUGGAGGAGGGGAUCUUGAAGUUUCUCUAGUUCACUCCGUGGAGGCUGAAUGAGAUCCCAAGGUUAUGUAUGGGGAGGGGAAAGGGUGGCCAUCAGCAAGUGGGCUUUGUCGCAGAUGCUGCGGUGCCCCACCCAUAUCCUGCCUAACUUACCACUUCAGUGCACACAAGCCACCCAACUGCCACCCUGAGUCUUUCUGCCUGAGGGCUCCUCACUUGCUCUUGGCACCUGCUUUGCCAGCCUACAGCAAACCUGCAGUGCUAGAGGAUUAACAUAUCCUGGGAGCAGCCCUCCACCAGUGACUGAUGACUACCCCCACUCCUGCACCCCUCACCCAGUUAUCACUGGGUGGGAUAACUGAGGUGCCUGCUCCACACUGGCUCCCAGAAUACCCCAGCAAGACUUGAGCUCUGGCUGCCCACAGUGGUCACUUGUGUGAUGACACUUCCUCCUUGUCUCCCUUCCUCAUGCCCCUACCAGCGCUUUGAACCACUUCCCACAGAAACCACUUGCACUCAAAUCCUUGUCUUGGGGUCUGCGAUUAGGGGAACCCAAACUAAAACUGGCCUCUGGUGCAGUGAGUUGAGAGACAGCACAAGUGGUGGUUAAGGACAUAAGCUUUGGAACCAGAGUGUCUGGGCUCAGUUCCAGCCUCGCUGGUCCCUUGCAAGUGACUUAACCAUUCUGGGCCUCCGUUUUGUCAUCUGUAAAAUAGGCAUUCUAAUAGCGCACACCUCAUAGGGUGGUCUGGAGGAUUAAAUGAUAUGAUAGCAUAUGAAGUAAGCACUCGAUAAAGGUUUGCUGUUAUUUCCAACAUAUCAACCAAAUGUAAAAGAAAGCAUGGCCCUGAGGACUGCAGACACCCUGCUUUUUUAGCCUGUCCUACCCCACCCUCAGCUGAAGGUAAAAGCCUUGGCUGCCUGCCCUCCUGACAUCCCCCCACUGCCGCUGGGGGUUGGCCAGCUCCACUACCCACUGUCUCUGCUCUGUAAGAAUAGGUUCCCCUCACAGAUGGCAUCUCUCUGGAUCCUGCCAAAGCAUCUGGUGCCUCCAACUGCUCACUCCAGGGGGGAGGCGGUGUGGUCCUUGUGCAGGCGCAGAGCCCGGGCUCCUAGGAGGAGUCCCCACUCAGCUCCCUCCUAGCCAAGCCUCCAUUUCUGCAAGACCUGGAAAAUGGGGAUUGCCGGAGAGCUCUUGGCACACAGUACAUGCUCCAUAAAUGCUAGUUCCUGAAACAGCACAGUGUUUUAACGUAUUUAUUAAGCACCUGCUACAUUCCUAUGAGGUCUCUUGACAAUGCAAAGCUGUAAACAAAAUUUUUUAUUCAAUAAUGCAUACACAUAGUGCAAAACUUAAGUGGUACAAAAAGUGUGUAACAGGGAAGAAUCAAGUUCCCCCUGCACCCCAGCUCCACCUACCUGCCUCCACCCCAGCCAGGGGUGCCACCUGUCAGCACUUUCUAGUGCAGCCUUCGUGAGACAUUCUCUGCACAACCACCCAUCUCUGUCUUAUAAGAAACUUGUACAUUGCACUGUCAUCUCAGGAACCCUUUGACAUUUCCUCCUUGUCCUCUGCAUGUUUGGUUUCUCUUUGAUCAAUAAUCUGACAUGAAAGUGAGUCCUGGACUUCCCUGGCGGUCCAGUGGUUAGGACUCUGUGCUUUCACUGCCAAGGGCAUGGGUUCAAUCCCUGGUCGGGGAACUAAGAUCCUGCAAGCCGCGUGGCCCAAAAAAGAAAAAAGUCAAUGUUAGUAUCAUUAAAAAAAAAAAAAGUGAGUCCUUUGAGCCAAUUCCCGCCCCCCACAGCUCCACCCUCCAGUCCCCAAAUAUCUUGGGCAGAUCAGCAUGAACCACCCUAGGUGUCCCGAGCCUUGUCGUAGAUGAUGCCCAACACUCAGGUCCACAGAACUCCAAGUGAAAGGGGAAGCACAACAUCGAAGUGAAUUUGGGGCCCUUCUGCUGCUCCACUCCCAAAUCAGAGGUCAUUCAGGGAACCCAUGUGAGAGCGAUGAUUCACAGGCCGAGGCGCCAAGAAUCCGCCUCCUGUGAUGCUCGCGGCUCCCGCCUUCCACUUCGCAGGCUCCAGAAAGGAUCCUGGAGAUGGCGUUUCUGUCCACAUUGUUCGCUUCUCCCACUCCCUUGAGUGUGUUUUGUGUUUAUGAGAAUCAGUCUUUAAACCUGACACCCUCCUAAACCAGUGCCCCACCUCCUGGAGCCAACAGUCUGUGACUUCAGAUGGGUUGCUUUCUGUGACAAGUUAGAGGGUUUUUAUAAAAAGAAAUGUUACGUUUUUUCCUCCCCUUGUCUUGUUCCAGAUUCAUAGGGAUGUGGGGUGUCUUCUUUCAGCCUUGAAAAGCAUUUUGGGUGAGAGGGUGUUAACUUUAACCAGAGGCCUCCUACAGGACUCACCCUUGGGAGCUGGAGGCUGCAGGGGUCCAGCUGGAGGACAGAGGGAAAGCUGGGCUGUCUUCUGACUACUGCUUUUAGAGAGGGUGCCCUGCUUUCUGUUACAGGCCUGUGUGCUCAUGAUUUCAUAAAUAAGACGGGGCCAGGCCGCACUGAAAUGCAGGUCGUGGGGUCUCUGUCAGAAACCUUGCUCCCCCUGCUUUUCUGGGCUCCCCCUUCAGCCUCUCCUCGUGGGCUGGACAUCAGCUAAGAGAGGGAUCAAGGUCAGACCACGUCAGCUCUUUUUUUUGGCCACGCCACGCGGCUUGCAGGAUCUUAGUUCCCUGACCAGAGAUCGAACCUGGGCCCCUGGCAGUGGAAGCGAGGAGUCCUAACCACUGGACCACCAGGAAAUUCCCCACAUCAACUCUUUUUUUUUUUAUAAAUUUAUUUAUUUUAUUUAUUUUUGGCUGCGUUGGGUCUUUGUUGCUGCGCGUGGGCUUUCUCUAGUUGCGGCGAGCGGGGGCUGCUCUUCAUUGUGUGCGCGGGCUUCUCACUGCAGUGGCUUUUCUUGUUGCGGAGCACGGGCUCUAGGCAUGCGGGCUCAGUAGUUAUGGCUCACGGGCUCUAGAGCGCAGGCUCAGUAGUUGUGGCACGUGGGGUCAGUAGUUGUGGUGCACGGGCUUAGUUGCUCCGCGACAUGUGGGAUCUUCCCGGACCAGGGCUCGAAUCCGUGUUCCCUGCACUGGCAGGCGGAUUCUUAACCACUGCGCCACCAGGGAAGCCCUCAACUCUUUUAAGACACUCCUUUUUAGGGUGUCUUUUUUAUGUGGGUCAUGAACCCUUUUGGCAUCUGGUGAAGCCUAUGGACCCUUCUCAAGAAUGGUGUUUUUAAAACCCAUAAAAUAAAAUAGGAUUACAAAAGACAACAAUUAUAUUGAAUAUUGAAAUAAUUAUCAAAAUAUUUUUUAAAUUUGUGAUUUAAUAAUGUAUGUUCUUUUUCUAAAUAUUUUUAAAUAUUUAUUUAUUACUUACUUUGGCUGCACCAGGUCUUAGUUGCAGCAUGCAGGGUCUUUAGUUGUGCCAUGCAGACUCUUAGUUGCAGCAUGUGGGAUCUAGUUCCCAGACCAGGGAUCGAACCCGGGCCCCCGGAAUUGGGAACACAGAGUCUUACCCACUGGACCACCAGGGAAGUCCCUUGUAAUGUGUGUUCUUUUUUAACACAUUAGAUAACAAGAUCUAGUGGCAGGUCGAAAACUACCAAGAUUUCACAGGUGCAAUAAGCAUAAAUAGUAUCUCAAGAUCCCUGCGGCAGCUGUGAUAUGGAAAUCACAUAAUGAUAUGGAAGCUGUGAUUUCUCUUGGAGGUAAAGUCCCAGGUUGCUGCUAAUUGGCCUCUGGUUUGUUGCCUACAUUUAAAAUUGAAGGAAAUGUUACAUUUCAAUUAGAGACUAGUGAAAAUAUAGGUGUAAUUUUUUUUCCUGUCCAAGUUCAUGGAACUUGGGUUCAUGGAUCACAGAUUCAGAACGCCUGCUUGAGAGUGACCCUCCCAGCCUGCCCCUGUGGCAGCUGACAUUGUUUACCAAGCCCUGAGCACAGGAAUAGUAAAAAUAAUAGCUAAUAUUGGGUGAGUUCUUGCUAGGUACUAGGUACCUGGUGAUAUUGGAGGCUAGGACGGAUUGAUUGAUUUUUGGCUGCACGCGGGCUUUCUCUAGUUGUGGCGAGCGGGGGCUACUCUUUGUUAUGGUGCACGAGCUUCUCAUUACGGUGGCUUCUCUUGUUGCGGAGCACGGGCUCUAGGCGCACGAACUUCAUUUGUUGCAGCAUGCGGGCUCAGUAGUUGCGGUGCACAGGCUUAGUUACUCCGCAGCAUGUGGGAUUUUCCUGGACCAGGGAUCAAGCCCGUGUCCCCUGUAUUGGCAGGCGGAUUCUUAACCACGGCGCCACCAGGGAAGUCCAGGGAGGCUAGGAUUUAGCAAUGAAAGAAGCCAGUUCCUGCUCACGUGGGGCUUACCGUCCAGGGAGGGAAGACUGACAAAUGAAUAUACAGAUGUGGUCAUUUCAGAGUGGUAGAUGCCAGGAAGUCAGUAGUACAGGCACUGUAAUAGAGUGACUUGGGAGGAGAACGGCAGGGUCUGUUUUCCAGGGAAGGCCUCUCUGAGGAGGUGCUGUUUGCUCUGAGACCCAAAUGAUGAGGAGAGAGCCAUGCAAAGAUGUAGAGGAAAGGUGUACCCUGCAGAGGAUCUGCCAAGUGCACAGGCCCUGAGAGGGGAACAGCUGACAGCAUCCCAGGGCCUGGCAGGAGGUCUGCGUGGCUGGGACAGAGUGCCAGGCGGGGGCUCACUGGAGUGUUGGAGAUGGAGUCCCGGAGGCUGGUUGGGCCCAUCAGGCAGGCUUCGUGGGUCAGAGUGAGGGCUUUGGGUUUUCUUCUAAGUGUGACAGGCAGCCUUUGAGCAGGUUUAAGCAGGAGAGUGAUGUGAUAUGAUUUACAUUUCGGAAAGAUCCUUUGAGCUGUGUGUGGAGAACAGAAUGUAGGGGGCCAGGCUGCCAGCAAGGAUCCAGUGAGGAAGCCAGGCAGUGGUCCUGGUGAGAGAGCAUGGCAGCCUGGACCAGGUUUGGGGGGGGCCGCGGGGUGGAGAGAAGUGGGCACAUCUGGGGUGUCAUUUGGAGAGCACCUCAGUGGCCCAGGGCUUUUGGGUGGGGGGAUGAGAGAGAGGGGUAUAGCAAAUGACCCCCACCCAGCUGAGAAACAGGCCCUGACCUUGCCCCCCCUCGCCUCCGCAGCCCCCUGCGGCCCUCCACUGCCCCUCUGGGGUCGGCCACCCGCCCACCGGGCCCCUGGCAUGCGAGCUUCCCAGCUGGUCCCGAUUGUUGUUACUCCCCAGGGAGUCAUGGGAACACAGUCCCCCUGCCCCCUCUGCCCCCCUCUUCCCAGACAGGCCCAGGCCCUAACAAUGCCCCUCAGCCAGCCAGUGGCCUGGACACAAUGCCCCUGUUUCGGUUCAUCGCCAGCUCCAGGAGGCCUGCUGGGUUUCCUGGCCUGUUUGGCACAUACAUAACUCUGGCUUCCAGCAGGGAUUUUUUUUGUUGUUGUUUUAAAAAAAAAAAAAAAAAAAAGGGAGAGAGAAUAUCUCUGGCUCCUGCUCUCUGAAUAUCUUAAUAUAUGAUAAAAAGCCUUUCUCUUCUCAUCCUGAGCUCUCCCUACUCCCCUCCCUGACCGCAUUUGCCAUGUGCCUGUCACCCCGGAGGCCAAAUGCAGGUCAGCAGGUGUCAGAGAGAAAACGAGAAAAAGAAAGAAAAGCGGCUCACUCCACCAUGGCCAGCCUCAAAUGUGCUGGUGAGGCUGGAGGUGAUGAGAACAAUGAGGGCCUCUGACGGGGCAGGCCCGGCCCUGCGCUCUUCAUUCACCUUAUCUCCUGACUUCUAAGACGCCAUCCAAGAUGAGGCACAGUGUUAUCUUGAGCCCCUAAGAAAGAAAAGAGCUGCCGACUAAAAAUGGACAUGCCACUGAUUGUGUGAUGCCCUUCAAUUUCAGAGAUGUUAAAUAUGAAAAAAAAAGUCAGAGAGGGGACUUCCCUGGCGGUCCAGUGGUUAAGACUCUGUGCUUCCAUUGCAGGGGGCACGGGUUCGAUCCCUGGUCGGGGAACUAAGAUUCCUGAAUGCUGCAUGGUGCAGCCAAAAAAAUUUAAAAAUUAACUAAUUAAAAAAAAAAGUCUGAGGAUCAGUGGAAUAUGGGAUUGUCUCAUCUACCCACUUCAUUGCCCUCCAAAUGUACUUUCCUUCUUGCCUUUGAACCUAAUAGAGUUUGGGAGGCAGUGCAGGGAUUGCUGCUUGAAAACUCUCCUGUUCUGCAGCCUAACAAGAAUUUUUUUCUUUUCUCUUUUGGAAAAAUCGGGAGGAGAUGUAGGCAAGCUGCUCCAGUGAUUCAUCUUUCAUUCUUAGUAACAGCUGACAUUUAUUGAGGGCUCUCUAUGUGCCAGCUACUGCCCUAAGCACUGUAAUAACUCAGUUAAUGUCCCAACAACCCUAUCAGGUAAACACUGUUAUCAUUAUUAUUACCAUCCCCAUUUUACAGAUGAAAAAACAGAGCCCCUGUGCUCUAAGGGCUCCCCACCCCCUCACUUCCACGCCGGUCAGGGCAGGCAUAGCCACCGUGUCUGGUUUUCUCCCCUCUCCUUGGAAAAGCAUAAUCUCUCCGCAGAGGCUGGAGUGAUGGAGAGAAGGGAAGAGGCACUGGGCGAGCCUUGGAGAGGAGAGGGGUCCCCAGAGCGUGAGCUCAUGGAAUAAUGGGGGCUCGAGGGAAAGGAGGCUCGCCUAUCAACCAGAGGCCUAUCCACUUCCAUUGACCUUGGACCUUCUGGCCCACCCCCACUGAACAUAUGGACCAGCUAAUGGCCGAGGACUUGGCCAAGGCCACACAGCCAGGCAGCUGCUGGCUGGCACUAAGCCCUGUGAACACCCACUUUCCCUACUCUGCCACGUCCAUAUCUUCUCUUUAGCUACCCACAAAGCAGAGGAGCUGUGCUGCUGCUGUAAUGAUGUCACUAAUAGUAGUUAACAUUUAUUGGCUGCUUACUCUGUUCCAGGCACAGGCAUCAGGGAUUGCAAACCCAGGUACCCAGAAUGGCAGGGCAAGUAAGGUCACCGAGUGAGGCAAGCCAGGCAGGGACGCUUGUGGCCUGGAGGGUCAAGGCUCUGGCUAAAUGGGGGACAGCAACUGCUCAGCACCCUGAUGGCCUGCGUGGUAUUGCCAGAUAUUACUGGGUUUUUGUUAAGGCCAGAUAUUUGAAUUUUUAUAUAGCAUUUCCCAAUUAAAAUUUUUUUAAACUAAUUCAUAAUUCAGGAAAAAAAUAAUCUGGGUAAAUUAAAUCAUACCUGUGGGCCAGUUUGCAAACUCUGCUUGUCUUGUUUCUCAUUCUGUCAAGGAGCCUUUGCCCCUUGUUCCAUGGAUGAGGCAAGCAAAGGUCUUCAGUGGGGUAAAUCACUUACCCAUCUGGCCAAGCCACAUGGUUGGGGUCUGCCUGACUCCCAAGGCUUGCUCCCAUGUUAGACGGCCUCCCGAAUGGGUAAGAGGCCUGUGCUCAGACACAGCCAGAACUGGCACAGUGACAGACACAGCCAGAACUGGCACAGUGACGGUUUACUCCAGGGACGGUAAACCGUCAGUCAAACAAUUCAGUGUAGUGACAAGGGAUCAUUCAAGAUGAAUGUAACGUUGCAGACAUAAAACUCCCCACCUCCUUCUGCCAGAACUCAACAAUGGAUGCUUCUGUGCCCCUUAAUAAAAUUAAGUCACGACAGAAUCAUUUCUCCUUAUAACGGGAUGUUCAUGUUUGGAGAUUUUUUUUUUAAGCUAUGAAUGUACGUUUAGGGGAGGUGGUGUAUGUGGAAUAAAUAGCUUUGAAUUA